UGAAAUCGGUUCGUUCACAACGAUUAGAGGCCAGCCCGGGUAGGUGGAGUUCCACUGCCCUGGGAUGUUAUGAAGGACUGGAAUCGCACGUGGAAUACGCCCAACCCAGACCUGACCCAGUGCUUCCAGAAUAGUGCACUGGUAUGGCUGCCUUGCCUUUACUUCUGGCUGUGUACCCCAGGCUACCUCAUCUACCUCCACCGCCAUGACCGGGGGUACAUCUGCAUGAGCAGCCUCAACAAGGCCAAAACCGCGGUUGGUUUUCUUCUAUGGCUCAUCUGUUGGGCAGAUGUUUUAUUUACUUUCUAUGAGAAAAACCGGGUCAGUAAUGGGCCUCCAUCCGUCUACCUGGUCAGCCCUACUCUACUGGGCAUCACUAUGCUCUAG